AUGAAAGCACAUGAAGAAGUUAUUGUUCAACGAUAUAUUGACAAGUGUAUUAUAGUCUAUGGUAUAUCUAUGUUUACUUUUUAUCUUGUCACCUUUGUACAAAUAUUAUUACCUACCAUAAUGCAACAACCAUUUCCAACAUUAGCCGAAUAUCCAUUCGACGUAUUUUAUCAGCCACUAAGAACAAUAAUAUAUCUUCAACAAUGUAUGGCUGGCUUAUAUAUGGCAGCACAACUAUGUACAAAUAUUUUUAUGGCUCUAUUGCUCUGGUUUGCAUCGAUAAGAUUUGAGAUAUUGAGCGAAGAGCUGAAAAAAGCUACAGAUUUAUAUUCGUUAUUCCAAUGUAUUAAAAAACAUCAAGAAUUACUCAAGAUCGGAA